CAGUUAUUUUUAAUUAAUAUAAACAAUUAUUAAAAGAAGGAACACUUUCCAUAAAAAAACAAACUUUAACACUACAUAGUAAAUUCAAGUGUUCAAAUGGGUGAAACUGAACUAAACUAACUGGACCAUACAAUUUGCAACGGAAUCCUUAAAAGUCAUUUCAUAAUACAUUGCAAAAUGAUCAUCGAGAGAGGCGUGUUGUGGUUGGUGUUGAUGUUGGUGGCUUUAACGGAUUGUCAAAUAGAUGAUGUGGCGCCAGAUGUGACAGUUGUACUCCGACCUCUACGCCCAAAAGGAUUGCAGGCUCUUAUAAAAGGGGUUGGAAUAGUUGCUGAGUUUGUAUUUUUUGAUGGAAAAACUUAUCUAAUUAGGAAUUCCACCCAAAUUAGUAUGAGUUCAAUGCUCGGCGUUGCUGUAAGACAAUACAAAGGGGGUGACAAUAGAUGGCUAUUUGAAAAUUAUGACGUAGAACUGGAAGUAGGAAUGGUGAUCAAAUACCGUGUUUUUGUACCUAACGUGGUUCAUGAUUUAAAUGUUGAAAACGAGCAAGGUACUCUAACAUUCGACGGAGUCAUACCUGACUAUAAGGAUUUUAUAGUUAAGAAACUGUUUGACCGUAUACCUUUUCCGUCUCCUGGUCGCAAAUGCAAGAACACUGUCACCAAAGUCCUUGGCAGGCGAGUGUGCGCUGGCGACGUCAUUUUUGAAGACAAUUUCGACACAUUUCAGACAGACGUGUGGCAGAUCGAGCAGUAUAUACCCACAGACCACCCUGAACAUCCAUUUGUGUCAUAUCAAAAUCUUACGGCGGAUCCAAAUGUGUUCGUAAGAAAUGGAAGCUUGCACAUUGUACCGAAACUACUGGAGGACUUCUUGGAGAUAAAUCAGUCAAUUGAAACUGGAUCUCUUGAUUUAGGAGAUAGAUGUACAAGAAGACAGUGCUCAAAAACGGCUUUUGGGCCGGAUAUAUUACCGCCGAUAGUGAGCGGCCAAGUAACCAGCUUGCCCUUCGCCUUCACCUACGGGAUUGUUACCAUAAGAGCCAAGUCCCCUCGAGGGGAUUGGCUCUAUCCAGAUUUUCUCGUUGAGCCUUUUUUAAAAAAAUACGAUGGCAUAAAGGAGUUAGCGGCUGUGAUGAAGGUGUCACUUAUCACCGAAUUUAUUUCAAACAUUUAUAAUCUCGAAAGUAACAAAAGUUGUUAUGACGUUCGUCCAGAACUGAUCAGACGAAUCAUGCGUGACGAGCAUUGGAAAGAAGAUUUUCACGAAUACGUAUUGAAAUGGACGCCAGAUGAAGUUGAACUUAGUGUGGAUAGCCAUGUCUAUAUACGAUCAAAUAUGACGACGAUAAGCCAAUGCAUCAGGGACGAGCUAUCUGGCUCCAUCCCUAAUUUCAACGAUUACCGCCAGCUGUCGUUGAGUGUGGCUGCCGGGGGUACUCACGUGUUCAUUGACUUCGCCAUCAGCGAUUCCGGAUACUUCAAGCCUUAUCUCAACGGAGACGCCAAAGCCAGCCUCAAGUUCUGGCAGAGCAAAUACCAAUGGUUGCCGACUUGGACUGCGCCGAGCCUGGAGAUCGACUACGUUAAAGUUGUAGCUUUAUGAGGCUAAAUAACAAUAAUUUUAAACAAAAAUAUUCAU